CGGACUUUUAUCUAACGUUACGCCAUUUUUCGUGUUGUUGUGUCUGACUUCACAUUGGUGUAUGCAUUGUAAUGACCUUCUCUAAGUAACUUUUUUUAAUCUUACGACGGAUAAGGUAAAAUGUGUGCAAAUAUGAUCGGAUCGCUCUUUGGUAAAUUUAAGGCAAGGCAGUGGUGUGGUCUUCUGCAGGUGUCCAACAAGCUUUCCUGUAUAGGGCACCAGACCACUCACUGUUCCCCACUGUUUACAAAGGCAUUAAAUGGACAGCUAUGCCCAAAACCCAUUGUAGGUGCUGUUUUAGGAGCUCGGUCAUUCCACUGGUCUGCACAAAGACUAAAGAAACGGCCACAGGAAGAAACGCAACCAAAAGAACUUGACCUGCUUCGCUAUGACAUGAGAGACCUGAAGAAAGCUCCCAGGCCAGCGCUCUAUCUUGGACUAUCUGGACUCAUACCUUUUGUAUCUGCUCCUUUGCUUAUGGCUGUUUCAGAAGUCUAUCUUCCUGAAGUUGCAUUUGCUCAAGUCGCAUACGGAGCCUCCAUUGUUUCCUUUCUCGGAGGAGUACGCUGGGGCUUUGCCUUGCCUGCUGGAAGUCCAGCAAAACCUGACUGGCUUAAUUUAGCAAACAGCGUGGUUCCCGCUCUUAUUGCUUGGGUAUCACUCCUUUUUAGCCAUGAUAUUACACAGUCUGCUAUACUUGUGAUGAUGGGCCUCGGGAUAGCAUUGCAUUAUGACCUGUCUCUCCUGCCCACAUACCCCAGCUGGUUUAAAGCACUGAGGACAAUCCUCACAGUUGUAGCCUUUUUCUCAUUGAUGGGUACUAUUGUUAUUAAGCAAUUUUAUCCAGAGAAAAAGUAUUAUACAAAUAAUUGAUUGAUACAAAUUUGUAAUCUUUUUAUGUGGAUAAACGGUUUAAGAAGGGUAAAACUAGUAUCAAUGACAGAAUGUUAUGUACAGUUUAAAUAUAUAAAUAUUAAAUUGUUCUAAUUCUUA